AUGGAGUGCGCACAAGCUAGUGGGAAGGUACUUGUAGGUGCCAGGGUUGGUGAAGUGAUGGUUGUUGAAACUGAUGACAAUGAGAGAAACUCGGUCUCUCUGGCUGAAUUUCCAAAAAUGCAGGAGGACAAGAAGUCCACAAACUCCACAGUUACAGGGGCAGACAAGUGGGCCUUUAGUCCUGAACAAAAGCCCAGAACCUCAAGACUAAGUCAGUGGGUAGUCCCAAGGUGUAAAGGCACAGUUGACGAGCAGCCGGUAAUGGAUGUGACAGUUAAACAGCUAAAGGUUGAUGAGAUGACUACAGGUUGUGGAAUUGAGUCAACAUUGUCUGACACACGAGUGCCUUACUGUAGAGUAAAUGAUAAUGAAAAAUUAACUGAAUUUCAGCAUUUUGAGCCAUUUGCUGCCAAGAAGUAUUCACACAUGAAUGGGUCUGGGCAUGCUGUUCGUCUUGAGAAGUGUGGACUUGUGAUUGAUCCAAAGGCUUGGUCGUUGGGUGCAUCACCAGACCGCAAGGUAGUGGACUUUUUGGCAGAAAGUCCUUUUGGAAUUCUCGACAUGAAAUGCCCUGAAAAACAGAAAGACGAAGACCCUCUGACAGCAUGUCAUGAUCCCCAUUUCUGUUGUAAACUUGAAGGUGGCAAGCCUGUACUCAAAAAAGAUCAUCCAUACUACACUCAAGUGCAGGGUCAGCUAGCAUUAACUGGAGCAGAAUGGUGCAAUUUUGUUGUGUGCACACAUAAAGGCUUAAUCAUUCAACAGAUAACAUUUGACUCUGCAUUUUGGAACACCCUGUACAAAAAAUUAGCUGAUGUUUAUUUUGGCUUUUAAGUAACAGUGGCUAGUG